UGUCAUUAAUGGAAUUUCAUGUCUUUUGUAAUUUUUCGAGAUGACAAAUGCAGAAUUUCCCCCUUUUAAACUUGGUGCUCCUCGAUUUGAUCAGUCCUCAUUUGGUGGCCGUCUUCGACACUUUCUUGACAUCACUGAUCCAAGGACAUUAUUCACAUCGAAUGCCACAUUAGAAGAAUCCAUCAAACUCAUUGAUGAUUUUAAAAAUGGCCUACUGGACCGAGGCGUUACUGAUGAAAGGCUAUGGAAGGCACAGAAGAUAAAGCAAGCCAUUAUACAUCCAGAUACGGGAGAGAAAAUAUGGAUGCCAUUCCGGAUGUCCGGGUUUGUGGCAUUUGGAUCUCCCAUUGUUGUUGGUUUGUUGCUACCAAAUCUCACUCUCCCUGCGACGGUAUUCUGGCAAUGGUUGAAUCAAACGCAUAAUGCCUGUGUAAACUAUUCCAAUAGGAAUGCUUCAAAGCCCACUCCUAUGAAGAGAUUUGUGCUGGGAUACACUGGUGCCGUUACUACUGCCUGCACUAUAGCGGUUGGUCUUACCCUACUUAUAAGACGUGCCAACAAUCUAAGCGCUGCCAAGAAAAUGCUCAUCCAGAAGUUUGUACCAUUUCCUGCCGUAGCCUCAGCUAGUGUCUGUAAUGUACUCCUGAUGAGGAAUAGUGAAUUAAUAGAAGGGAUCACUGUCUUUGACAAAGACAGAAAAGAAAUCGGUUCUUCCAAAGUUGCCGCGAAAAAAGCAUUGAAAGAGACUGCUGUAACUCGAGCUGUCCUUCCUGCUCCCAUUCUGCUGAUACCCCCUGGUGCUAUGGCUCUGUUGGAAAAGACAUCAUUUCUCAAGCGGAAGCCAAGAUUUCAUCUGCCUAUCAACGCUACUGUAACGACGCUAUCAUUUGCUUUAGCUCUACCUGUAGCUAUAGCAUUAUUUCCUCAAAUAUCCCAGAUUCAUAGAGAUGACUUGGAGCCAGAAUUACAAGAGGCAACUGAAGACGCAACACUCUUCUACAACAAGGGUCUAUGAUGAAUCCCCUGCCUGAUAUUGCUGAUAUCAUGCUCAAAUCGCAAUAUUAUUUUACAAAGUGUCCUUCAAACAGUAGUAGUGAUGAUAUGACUCCAUUAUUUCGGAUAUUUUGAGAUAUAUGAUUGAUGAUUUACCUAACUUAGAUAUACAGAUAUAUGAUUAUUAUAGUCGCGAUGUGUUAAAUCUUUGCUUAUUUCUAUUUUGUGAAGUGUAAAAGUGCUAAUUUAUGUUUAAGAGUACUUAUUAAUUGUAAUACUGACUAAUGUGGUGGACUGCUAAAACUUUUCAAUGUAUUUUAUAUGCAUUUUCAUGGGAUGACAUCAGGGUUAUCUGUCAACCAGCUAUGCAGUCAUCAAUAAUGUAGCUCUUCACGUCUCGACAGAUAUUUUUCAAGUCGAUGGCAAUCCACCUUUUCAGAAUACUUUUAUG